AUGCUCUUUAUUUUUUGUUUUGGUGCUAUCAUACGAUUAUCAAGUUAUGCAUAUUUGAUCAAGCUUCUCUUUAAACAUUUUUAUUCAUUCUUUAUACAUAAAAAGCUUAUAGAAACUGAUACAACUCUGGAAAUUCAUAAAUUCAUUGAGACUUGCAGUUAUAUUCCAUGACUUCUUUUAGCUCCUAAAUCCCCGGCUUAGAUUAAACAAAGAUUUCUGUUCUAUUUUUUUUUUAAAAUUUCAUGAUAAAAAAUCUAUAAAUAUUAAUUAUUUUUUUCAAGAAUUCAUUCAUAAAAUUAAUUGAUUCAGGGUGCCAACUGUUUAAAAGAGUUCUACUUAUACUCCCUCUAUUGAAGUGUGCACUAUUUAAUAGAAAUUAUUAUUUCCACAUAUAAAAUUGUCCAUUCAAAAAUUUAUUGUCCAAUUUAAUUACCCAAAAAAUGGAAAUUUACUGAUGUUUCCAAUUUAAAGGGGUUAAAGUAUUUUAUUUAACUUAUAUUCUUAGUGGUGAAAAAAUGAAAAUUGCUCUUCUAGUGCUUCUCAUUUCUCUCGCCUAUGCUGAAUGGGAGCUUGAUUUAGGUGUUUCAAUGACGUGUCCACUAUACAGCUGCAAGCCAGACACUGUACCCUUUGGCGAUUCAAGCGUAUGCCUCCAAGUUUUCGGGUCAAACUAUUACACUCGCAAAUGCUCAUCUGGCUACACAUGCGAUAUAUCUGGCGUGAAUAAUGGCCGCGCUUAUUGCAUAUAUGAUAAUGGAAAUACCCCUGAACUUAGAUAUAACGGUGAGGUUUGCACCUACGACUCUGAUUGUAUGUCAAGUAGCUGUGUGGAUAAUGUUUGCAAGAGAAGUCAAGAAGGAGAUGUCUGCGCAUCUGACACUGAUUGCAAUGCAGGACAAUUUUGCUUUUACAACAAGACCUCAACUGAAAACUAUUGCGUUCCUCAAUUAAAAUCAGGCCAGACAGGAUGCACAAAUGACAACCAAUGUGAGUCAACAUGCGGCUGCAGAAUUAUGAGUAUAGCUAGUUCGACCAAGAAUACGUGCACUCCUUAUUUUAGCUUGCCAAACUAUACACCAAUAAUGGGAUGCCCUUCAACUGGGCUAACAAAACUUAUAUGCACCUCAGGGUAUUGUUGGGGAAAUACGACAACAAGCAUGUGCAUUCCAGCCCCAACAACAAAAGGCACAAUACCUCUUUAUUGUGGAGAUGAUUCUACAUGUGUAAGCAACACUGACGCACGAACUCAAGCUUCCUUUUCACAGGUUUGCAACUGUGGCUAUAAUAAAGUCGGCCAAAGCUACUGCAACUUGUUUUACGGUGACGCGCCUUACCAAAGUUUCUUGAAUUCACUUCAAGCUUGGCUUUCUUCUGGCUUUGUAACCAAAUGCAACACUGAUGCUCGUUUUAGUGAUACAUGCAUUCAAAGUUACUGGUCGAAGGAAAAGUUUAAUGAACUCAAAUAUUGGCUGACUUACACUAGCUUAUACCCUAAAAUCCAAAAUGCUGACGACUGCACUUUGGCGGUUAUGUUCCCUGAUUAUUAUGCCUUAUACAAAGGGCAUGGCACUGGGGAUAGUGAUGAUAGCUCUGCUGCUGCGAUUGGGCUGCUUUUUGCAUUUCUCUUUGCCUCGUUAAUCUAA